UUCUGGGAAGCAAUGUUCGACUUGUUUCGGACAUCGAAUUAUUCAGAGCAUUACUUCUGUUCUGAACGAUUGGCGGGUGUGACCUUAUUCUUCGUCAUCGUGGUCGUCAUUGUCUUGUGGAUCUGGUUGUGGAACGUCGUGUCAGCCAGUUACAGGAUGGCGUUAGCAGGAGCGUUCAUCGCUGAUUAUUGGACUGUCCGUGGAGAUGUCGCCUCUAGACGUGAAGUGUGUUCCGCCGUCUGUCUUUUGCCACGGUAUCAUCUCGGUACGGCUGUUGUAGGAGCGCUGUUCUUGAGGAUGAGCUUGAUGCUGAGGAAGUCAAUCGAAUGGGCUCACAACAUCAGUGGAAGAACUGAAUCAAUGUUGGCAACAAUUUUCUCGACGUUAUGCGAGUGCUGCUUUAGGUUCUACGACGUGGGACUGAGAUUCAAAAGCAGUCGGGCUUAUUCCAUGACCAUGAUGCAAGGAUCAAGUUUUUGCUUAUCGUCUCGGAAUGCUUACCGUGUCACGCAAACGAAUAUAGAUCCAUGGAUAGCCGAAGGACUGGCAGUGGAGAGGACAAUUUUUUGCUGCGUCUCUUCUAUGCUGGCUAUUGCGACAGUUCUCGGGACUCUCAUCGUCGACCAGGUAUUGGAUGAUCACAGCUCAUCUUCGCCGAUAAUCUGCGGAAUUUUCGUCGCCAUUCUAUCACUUAUUGUCGUGUCAACAUUUGCGGAAGUCUGGAGUGUAGGCUGCGAAGCACUCCUGCUGAAUUACGCCGUCGAUAAAGAGGAUAACGACGAAUCUAGCGAACAACCCCUCGUUGCCGCUGACGAUGUCAUUCGUCUUUUUGGAAGACAAACGAAGCAAAAUCCAGCACCUGAACCAAUUCUUCCCGAUGAGCCUGAAACAAUCCCAGAGGUUUGAUGAUUCAAGACAUGAAUGAAAUGAAUCCUUGCUCAUGUUUGGUUUCGUUCCUCCGUGACACGCGAGUGCAUUUCAACCAGCGACACGCCGACCCGAAAUCAAAAUACUUUCGCAUUUCCAAAGAGUGGAUCCAUGAAUAAAAAUAACCCAACGCAACGAAAGCCACCA